AUGGAGCUCCGUAACCGCCGCUGUGGAGCCCGCGGGGACCGGAGCCCUGGGGGACCGGAGCCCGCGGGGACCGGAGCCCUGGGGGACCGGAGCCCGCGGGGACCGGAGCCCUGGGGGACCGGAGCCCUGGGGGACCGGAGCCCUGGGGGACCGGAGCCCGCGGGGACCGGAGCCCUCUGGACGCUAGCUCUGAGGAUGUUCCCGACCAUCCGUGUGUCCUUCUCCGGUGUGGAGCAGGAGUCCCGGUACAUCGUGCUCAUGGACAUAGUUCCGGUGGAUAACAAACGGUACCGGUACGCGUACCACCGGUCAUCAUGGCUAGUGGCGGGAAAGGCAGACCCCCCGCUGCCCGCAAGGUGA